AUGGAGGUCACGGGAAGAGACCUCAAGUUUCUCGCAGUCGGUGCUGUGGCGUCUGUGGGACUUACUGCACUAUUGACCUCACAGUACCGCAACAAUAUACAUGCACCAUGCCGGAUCAUCGACUCGCCUUUACCACAAAUACAGAGCACUUUGACUGAGGAACAGCAGAAUAAACUUCCGUAUGCUCCCGAUGCUCUUGAAGGUGCAAGAGACGUUGAGACUCCAUUUGGCAAUAUACGAGUAUACGAGUGGGGACCUGAAGACGGCAAGAAAGUGUUGUUGAUACAUGGCAUCAACCUGUUCGGCCGUGGCUUCUCCUCAACACCUGACCCUGCCGCUCAACCUCAAGACAUCCAACUUUUCACCACACAAAUCCUACUGGUUCUUUCCUCAUCUCCACUAAGCUGGACCGGAAAUGGCAAUCGAUUUGGUCUGAUUGGUUACUCGCUGGGUGGAGGUAUCACUGCAUCCUUUACAUCUUACUUUCCCAAUCUGGUGGAGUCUCUCGUCCUCAUCGCGCCAGCAGGUCUGAUGCGAUCUGAACGCAUUCAUUGGACGAGCAAGCUCCUCUACGGUGGAUUCCUCCCUCGAAGACUAGUCGAGUACUUGGUAUGGAGACGUCUCGGCGGCAACAGCAGUGCUCCAAUACCAUCUCAACACACCAACGAUGACAGCAAGGUCACUGCAACCAAAGCAGCAGACGAGGAAGCACCAGCUCACCCAGCUCUCACCCGCAACUCCCCCGCCCAGAUCUCUGCACGCAGACCUUCUGUCAGUAUAGCAGAUGUAGUAUCAUGGCAACUCACGCACCACGCCGGUUUCGUGCCCGCUUUUGUCUCAAGCAUCCAACACGCCCCCAUAAGCGCUCAACACUCAUCCUGGGAAUCCAUUGCUGGAAGACAACUCCUCCCUCCCGACCAACGUCUUCUCGAAGGCAAAGUAUUGCUACUGCUAGGCAAAGACGACACCGUAGUCAUUGCCGACGAAAUGUGCAAAGAUUCAAAGGAAGUGCUAGGAAAUGCAAUCGACAUCCGUGUCAUGGACGGCGGUCACGAACUCCCCGUCACAGAUGCCGAUAUCGUCGCUGCGACCAUUCUAGACUUCUGGAGCCACCAUAUCGCAUGA